GACGGGGCGAGGAGGCGGAGGAGGAGAAAGAGAAGAGGCAGCAAGAGAAGAGACAGCAGGAGGGGACAGUGGGUUACGGGAUGAGGAAGGACAGCCGGUGAGACACAGGGAGACAGGUGGGAAGACAGGGGGACAGGGAGACGCGAGGCGAGAUGCUGCUGCUGGCUCCCAGUGGCAGCAGCCGUCGCCUCAUUCUGCUGCUCCAUGGCUGUCGCGUUCCUCCUCCUCCUCUCUGACAAGGAGCGAGCGGCGAGGGGGAGACGCGGCCGACAUGAUCUCCGACUACCAGCCCAGCAUGGUGCAGGACUGGGGUGAGGAGGUGGAGGAGGGAGCCCUGUACAGCGUCUCCCUGCGUAAGGUGCAGGUGCAGCCACUCGCCACGCACAAGGGAGCUCGCUGGCUCGGGGUGGAGAAUGGCGCGUGCCCACCGGGCUCCGGUGGCACCGGCGGCACCACCGGCGCGGCGCCGCCCCCGCCGCCGCCGCCGCCCCCGCCGCCCCCGCCGCCCACCGUGGAGACGGUGCGCACGCGCACGCUGAAGGCCGGCACGCUCGAGCGACUCGUGCGCAACCUCCUGGUGGCGUUCCGCGAGAACGACUCCACCUACGCCACCGUCUUCCUCGCCACCUACCGCUCCUUCGCCACGCCCACGCAGGUGCUCGACCUGCUGCUCGACAGGUACGGCAACCUGGAGGGCGAGGCGGCGGAGAGCUCGCUGCGCGGCUUAACGGCGGAAGACAAGGCGGUGCUGCGCAGCUCCAUCGCGUCCAUCCUGGGCGCGUGGCUGGACCAGUACUCGGAGGACUUCCGCGAGCAGGGCCCCGAGUUUGGCGGGCUGCGCCGGCUGCUGGAGUACCUGGCGAGGACUUUCCCCGGCUCCGACCUGGAGCGGAGGGCGCGCAACCUCAUGCGGCACUUCAAGCAGCACCGCGGGGAGGCCGCCGACGGGCACAGGCUGGUGCACACCUGGCACCCGGAGCGCGAGGGCCGCGGUGACUUCCUCUCCUUCCCCUCCGACCUCAUCGCAGCGCAGCUCACGCUCAUGGACGCGGAGCUGUUCAAGCGCGUGGUGCCCCACCACUGCCUCGGCUGCGUGUGGUCGCGGCGCGACCGCAAAGAGAACGCGCGCCUCGCCGGCACGGUGCGCGCCACCAUCGCGCAGUUCAACGCCGUGGCCAACGCCGUCACCGUCACCGUGCUCGACCCGGCGCUCGCCAAACCCGCGCAGCGCGCGCGCCUCGUGCAGAAGUGGAUCGACGUCGCCCAGGAGUGCCGGAUCCACAAGAAUUUCUCGUCGCUCCGAGCGGUUCUCUCCGCGCUGCAGAGCAACGCCAUCUACCGACUCAAGCGCACGUGGGCCACCGUACCCAGGGACACCACCUCCCUUUACCAGGAGCUGUCGGACAUCUUCUCCGGUGAGAACAAUCAUCUCACGAGCCGCGAGCUGCUCAUGAAGGAGGCGACCUCGAAGUUCGCGACGUUGGAGAGCAGUCUGAAGGAGAGCCAGAAGAGGGCGCUCAAGCGCCUGCAGAUCCAGAAGGACACGGGCGUCAUGCAGGGCACGGUGCCGUACCUGGGCACGUUCCUCACCGACCUCACCAUGCUGGACACCGCCCUGCCCGAUCGCCUCGAGGGGGGUCUCAUCAACUUUGAGAAGAGACGCAGGGAGUUUGAGAUCAUGGCUCAGAUCAAGCUGCUGCAGUCGGCCUGCAACAACUACAGCAUCAAGGCAGAGCAGCGCUUCCUCGCCUGGUUCCACCGUCUGCACUCGCUGUCCGAGGAGCAGAGUUACGCGCUGUCGUGCGAACUGGAGCCGCCGGGAGAAUCGACCUCGUCCCCCAAGACCACGCGCCGGCGCGUGGGCAAGAGAAUCAGCGGCGUGUUUGGAGCGGAGGGGCUGGCUGGAGGGGUGGUGGCGUCCCGCACCGGCGCCGCCGUUGCCGCGGGCCCCGUCGGCGGCGGGCCCUGCGUCGGCGGAGCGGCCGAGCACCGGCGGCUGGCUCACUCGGGCAGCGUGGGCGGCGAGAGCGCCGACUCGGUGAGCGUGCUCUCCUCUGGCUCGUCGGGCUCCGACAUGGAGGAGAUCUACCUGGGCCUGGCGGCGGGCUCGCCCGACGCGCACGCCAAGCACGCCGCCGGGCAGUCUCUAGACACGACGUCCGGGGUCUCCUCGGGCUCCUCGACCGUCUCCACCGAACCCUCGCCCGCGCCGGCCUCCCGCCGGCCGGGGACGCCCGGCCGCCCGGCACUUCCCCCACCGACGGCGGUGCCGCCGCCGCCGUCGCGGCCGCCGCCCCCGCCGCCGCCGCACCGCCGCGGCCGCGGGGAGACGGCGCCGACGGCGGCGUCGCUGUCGGCGGCGGCGGCGCUGACGGCCAGGAGUCACAGGCGGUCGUCGUCGGGCGCGGUGGGCUACAGCAGCCUCUCGCUGCCGCUGUACAACCAGCAGCAGGACGGCGCGUGCGUGAUCCGCGUCAGCCUCGACCGUGGCAAUGGCAACCUCUACAAGAGUAUCCUGCUGACGAGUGCCGAUAAGACGCCGGCCGUGGUGCGGAAGGCGAUGAUCAAACACAACCUGGAGGAGGAGCGCACGGAAGCCUUCCAGCUGGUGCAGGUCGUGGGAGAGGACAAGGAGUUUGUGAUCCCGGACAACGCCAACGUGUUCUACGCGAUGAACACGACCGCCAACUACAACUUCAUCCUGCGCAGGAAGGGCGCGGCGUCGGCGCGCAGCGAGCGCAAGGUGGGCUACCUCCACGCCACGCUGCCUCGCAUGCGCACGCGCGCCCUGCUCGCGGACAAGCUCGCCAAGAUCUCCCUGUGAGAGCACCUCCCGCCUGCCAGCCACCCAGCCGGCCAGCCAACCACCACCAGUGACCCCACACCCCCAUUGACACUACCGCCCCCUCCCAGACACUACCGCCCCUUCCCAGACACUACCACCCCCUCUCAAGACACUACCAACCCCCCCCCUCAGACACUACCACCCCCUCCCAGACACUACCACCCCCCCCCUCAGACACUACCACCCCUCCCAGACACUACCGCCCCCUCUCAGACACUACCACCCCCUCUCAGACACUACCACCCCCUCUCAGACACUACCACCCCCUCUCAGACACUGCCACCCCCUCCCAGACACUACUGCCUCCUCCCAGACACUACCGCCCCCUCCCAGACACUACCGCCCCCUCUCAAGACACUACCGCCCCCUCCCAGACAUUACCGCCCCCCUCUCAGACACUACUGCCCCCUCCCAGACACUGCCGCCCCCUCUCAAGACACUACCGCCCCCUCUCAAGCCACUACCGCCCCCUCUCAGACACUACCACCCCCUCCCAGACACUACCGCCCCCCUCUCAGACACUACCACGCCCUCCCAGACACUACCGCCCCCUCCCAGACACUACCACCCCCUCCCAGACACUGCCGACCCUCUCAAGACACUACCACCCCUCCCAGACACUACCGCCCCCUCCCAGACACUACCGCCCCCUCCCAGACACUGCCACCCCCUCUCAGACACUACUGCCCCCUCCCAGACACUACCACCCCCUCCCAGACACUACCGCCCCCUCUCAGACACUACCGCCCCCUCCCAGACACUAUCGCCCCCUCCCAGACACUAUCGCCCUCUCCCAGACACUACCACCCCCUCCCAGAAAUGCUGUCCCCACCUAUUACCACCAUUCCUGAUCAUCAUCUUUCUCUCUAACCAUCAGCAACUGCCUCCCCUCAUAGCAACCGCAACCGUUAAGACUCCAGGCUCACGCACCGUGCUCGUGAGUGCUAGCGCUGGGUCCACCUCCGCUCGGACUGCAAAACAAAGGACCCCAAGGCUCAUUGAGCCAAACUCAUCAUCAUUAGUGGCCAUCGGACGCGAUCUAGCUGCUGCUGGAUAAACGCUUUACAUAAGCCGUCGCCAUCUCUCAAGGACCCACAACGCAGCAGCAAUCCUUCCAGCUCCUGCACACGGGCUGAGCUCGUCGCUCCAUCUCCGCGGGAGGUCCUCUCGUAGUCUCGCCCCACCGCCAGUCGUGCCCUCUGGCUGUGACGACAUGUCCCGCCCUCUGGCCGUUUCGACAUGUCCCGCCCAGGCCCAAGCCCUUUCCUUAACAGUCAAUGCGACGGAGCCAAAGGCACGAAAAUGUCAUCUCGCCAGGGCAAGCCACUGGAGCUCUCUGGCACUGCCAGACGCUGCGAUCUACCUUGGUGGUUGGGCGGUGGCUGUGCGGUUGUGGCUGUCGUUCCGGCUGCUGAUACUGUAGCGUGGGGUUUGGGUUUGUGCGGUUUGUGCUGCCGCCGUGCGACUCUCCCGACGCGUGUCCGGGUCAUACUGUGCGUCGUUCAGCGCGAUGUCCGACGUUUCGCUACACGUGUCGCGAACUUCUUCGUCAAAGAUCCUGUGCAGUUAUCCAUAAAGUCGUAGUAGGCGAUGUGGGCCGGCGUUAUGGUCCACAUGUUCCAUAUUUGAAAAAUUACACCGCUGUUCACUCAAUUAAACUAAACAAAGUUAUUUACCAGUUAAAGCCCAUUGACCUAUGAGCUCUUUUCAGAGGCGACCUGGCCACACGUGGUAGCUCAUCACAGUGUCUAAUAUCGUCACCACACAUGGGAAUUUAUAGCAUCAGCCGAAUCAUCUAAGCGCGUAUUGAUUCUAAAUUUGGACGAGUGCAAAACCGGAGGAACCCGGAGAACAAUCCACGUGACCAGCACGGGGAGAGAGAGAACACGCGGACUCCAAAUAUACAACAGGCAUCGCGAGGGUCUGGGAUCGAACCCACGGCCUCCUGCGUAGCAGGCACGGGAGAUAACAUCUCCUCUCCACCGCAGCGCCCCAAUUUGGAUCACAGAGCAGCAGCAGGACCAUCUUGAAAGAGAGUCUUGAGACUCAGCGAUGCCUUGCUGGGUAAAUAUACACGAACCAUGCUGGGCUAGAUAUUUCUUCCUGAAGAUAACCGGCGUUUCGCUUGAGCUCCUGAACAAGCCCCCAUCACGUGUAGUGAAAUGUCGUGCAUCGCACCGUGCAUCGCACCGGUCGUCACACCAAACGGCAUGCGGCGGUACAGCCUAAAAACGCACAGAAGGCGCCGUGUUGCUGUAGGUGGCACGCGUAUGUGUGCGAGCGUGCGCGCGUGAGCGUGUGUGUGUGUGCCACCACCAUCGGCUUGCGCGUGCCAAUGGGGAGAGCCUCUUGGCCGUGAGAGUCGCCUUUUGGGCCGGCGCAGUCGCGGCGGAGCGAUCGGCAAGGCGCGGAGUUUACAGAGCGGCGCCGCGCUCCCAACGCAUGGGGGUGGCGGCACGGCACUCGCUCCCUGCCACCCCUGCUGCCGGUGGUGGUGAUGCGGCUAGCCAAACAGCUGAAGUUGCAGCUGGUGAAGUUCCAGCUGGUGAUAGAGCAUUGGUCAACUUGCAGCUGGUGAUACAGCUUGUCAACUUGCAGCUGGUGAUACAGCUUGUUAACUUGCAGCUGGUGAUACAGCUGGUCAACUUGCAGCUGGUGAAGCAACUUAAGUUACAGCUGUUGAAGUUGCAGGUGGUGAUGCAGGUGGUGAUACAGCUGGUGAACUUGCACCUGCAGCAGUGCAGUGGCGGCCGGUCUCUAUGGGGCAUUGGGGGCCAAUGCCCCAAGUAAAAUAAAAAGCUUUCGAAAAAAAGCUCUUUAGGCUCUCCAUUUUUAGAAACGCCAACUCAGUAGUGAGUAAUUCGAGCAGUCUGCUCGUGGUUUAGUUUUGGCAGGUCGCAUCGACUCGAUUCACACAGAAUCGACACACGGGGAACCCGGUUGAUCCGCCCCACCAAGACGCGCAUUCCAGCCUCUCAUUGCCCCAUUCGAACCGCUCCCACGGAGAGUCGAGGGCAGCGAACGGGGCGCAAAUAAUUCCGCCCUUGGCCAAUAAUAACGAGCCACCAGUUCCAACCAAUUUUCAUAGGGGGGGGACUGCCCUCUGCAAAAUGAGCUCUUCCUACCUUCCAUCACCACCCCAGAACUCGCCGCCGCUCACUGCUGCAGCCGCAGCUGCACUCACUGGGUGAGCUCAGUCUGCAGGAGCCAGGGUCCCGCAGGAGCGCCGUUUUGUGAUAGCUGGGAUUCUUAGCAGUGUUGCGCCAGGCUGCUUUGUACCAGGCUAAGCCAGUGAUGCAAUUCAGCGUGGGAUAUACGUAUACUGGGCUAUUUGGACCGGAUUGCAUCGAUUGGACUAUGUUUACUGGGCUAUGUGUGGACCGGACUACCGAUAAUCCGUAUUGGGCUGUGUAGACUGGGCUGUUUGGACUGAGCUACGCGUACCAGGCUAUGUAAACCUGGGCCGCGUGUGCCAGGCUGUGGCGUGGCCUCGCUGGGAAUGAGGACCCAGAGUCUGACCCGGUGAGACGUCGCUGUGCUUUGGGGGGGAAGAGGGGGGGGGUGGUGCCGGUUGUGUCUCUUGUGACCUCUGACCUCCCCCACCACUCGUGCUGGUCGCACCGCAGAGAGCAGUGUUACUCGCGUCUCCGAAGUGACCCUGCCCUGAUGCCCUUGAUUCUGGCCUGACCCCCCUGUCCUUUUCACGUAAUAUCACGUGACGAGGGGUGCUUACCCUGCCGUAAUCUUCUCAGACCCGAUGACUUCUCAAGACCCCGUGACCCCUCCCUGUCCUCGCACCAUGACCUUUCCUAGACCCCAUAACGUUGUCCUUACCCCACGAUGCCGGCCUGACCCUACCGUGACCUACUGCCCCGGCCCUGUGACCUCUACCCAAGGACGUAAGAGUCGCGGUGAUUGAACCCGGGGCGAUUACCGAGCCCAGGGGUCGCGUUUGUUACAAACGUCGUCGUUGUUGUUGAUGAUGCUGCUGAUGUACUUAUCGUUGUCGUUCUUGUUGUUGUGAAUAUUAAUAUUAUUAUCGCGGUUAUGACUGUGGAGGAGCCUCUGCCGCUCCGUGGUGCAAUACGUGGUGGUGAUCGUGGACGUGGUGUCGUGUCGUGUCAACCGCGGUGUCUCCGUGACCCCCCCCCCCCCCGCUCUUCCUGUGGUCCCUUUCUUCCAGUGCCCGCCGGUUUCUAUGUUUGUACAGACGCAGUCAGUCAGUAUUCGCGCCGCGAGUUCGCGUCGCACGAAUAAAAGUUUUCAUGUCAAUGA